AUGCCUACCAACUCCCCAAGCUGGUUUGUACUGUCACAAAAAGCUACGGCAAAUCUUCAGCAGUCGGCACUCAUUCCCUCUGUUGUUUUUACAGUCCUGGCUCUGUCUAUCGUACUGCUCCGAUGGUAUAGCAGAAUACGUCUUGCACCGGGCACAUGGCGCAGGGAGGACUUCCUUAUCACGGCUGCUUUGCUUGUGUCUAUAGGUAUGACUGCUGUAGUUGGCGCAGAGUACAGCAUCGACAUGUCGCCCGCAUCUGAGGCACAGUCCAUUCCUAGACGCCUCUCGAGCAUGCUUAAGCUCAUCUUCGCACAAUCUCUCCUCUACCAGCUCGCCAUCAAUUUAGUCAAAACUGCCUUCACGUUCCAGUAUCUUCGAAUCUUCUCGCACCUCCGCUACCCAAAGUUCCACUGCUACGCCCUCCUUACUCUGAUCCUCGGCGCGACGGCAUGGGGCGUAUUUGGCGUUAUAUUCCUCUGCAAUCCGAUCAAGACAUACUGGGACGUCCAAGCCGAUGGGAAAUGCAUGAACGCUGAGAAACACUUCUGGAGUACAAGCAUCAUCGGCAUAGUGAUUGACUGGGCGAUAUGGGUGCUGCCUAUGCCGAUCGUAGGGAAGCUGAAGCUACCGAGACGGCAGAAAUGGGCCCUCUGGGUUGUGUUCGGUCUGGGCGGGCUUGUGUGCGUGGUCAGUAUCCUGAGGCUGACACUUGUGCACAAGGCCACUCAUCAAGGCAAGAUGACCGAAUCUGGCACUUACGCUGUGGUGUUGUCUGCUAUCGAACUAAACGUGGCUAUCGUCUGCGCCUCACUGCUCGUCAUGAAGCCUCUGUUUGCCAAAUGGAUUCCAGCCAUGGUGUCCGAACAGCCUGUCUCAGCUAGUGAAGAUACGAGGAUUUUGCGACGCUUGACAGGCCUGGCGUUACUCAGCGGAGGUUUGAUAGACGAGGAGAAAGCGGCCGAGCGGGCACAGGCUAGGCGCGAUACGGCUGUGGAAGGUCUAAGCCAUGAUUCAGAAGGUGUUGAAGUACCUGUCAGCAUUACGGUUUCCAGAGCCUCAACUUCCAGUACAAGUACAAGCCCGAGCAGUACUUCGUGGGUGUUGAAGUAUCGAUAUGGCUCACUGUUUAGAUGGAUCAAGCCCACCUGGUGA